AUGGGCAAGGCCAUGCAAAAGCAGCUUGCUUGGGGUGCGCAGAUGGAUUUAGCCUUGCUUCGUGAAUUCGUGCGCGUCGAGCCAUACGACGGAAAGUUCAAGGCGACGGACAAGACCCAGAGAAUGCGGGGUACCGGCAGCAACGAGGAGGUCACUGAACAAGUUCAGAUUCUCCAGGACCUUGUUGACCGCCGUGCUGCAGCUGAAGAAACCAAAAAGACCAAGAAGGAGAAGGAGCAGAAGCGCCGGGACUCACUCGACUCCACUGGAUCCCAAUUUUGCCUUGAAGCUGAGCAAAGGAUUAAGCAUGCCGACGACCAUGCUUAUAGAAUGCACCGGCUUGAGUUUGACAAGGAGGAGUAA